AUGCUAUAGGGCCGUCAGGCAUUCGAUAGCUCGGUAGUAGUCAGCUGAUGGCAAAAUGGAAUUAAACCCUUCCUGUGAUACGUCGCGAGAUCGAUCGUAAUUCUCGUGAGUGACCGUGAAACUCCUUAAUAAUCGUCGAUUCGUAAUCUCCGCGCCUUCUACUCCGAUUCCCGUGGCAGGAAUUCGGAGAGCAUCCAGUUACUUUUUGUACUACUUAUACGAAGUGAGUCUGACGGGAACAAAAUGCCUUUAAGUACAGACAUAUCUACAGCCCUCCAUUUGUUGGAGCACGUUCAGGAAAGGGUGGAGGAUUGCGAUGACCCGAAGUUGCAGAUGCACACGACUCAGGACAUAAGAUCCUUGAUCUCACUGUUGGAGGAUCCAGUGUUCCGCAGCAUAGUCACUAUCCAAGAUUCCCUGAUCGAAUUAAAUACCCAACUUGGUCAGCAUCCGUCUAUUAUUCCUGGGGAUUUCGAUAUCAAUAUUAGUGGGCAAUUGGAACUUUCGGUUCCCACUACUCCGCUGCAAGCGCUUGGAUCGAAUGUCUAUCAAGAUUUAUAUCAGGACAGCAGUGAAAUAGAAGAUCAGAGGGUCCCGGUUGCACCACUGGUGCACAGCAGCAGCGAAGACACUAGUAAUCAGGUUACAAGUCCGAGUCUCGCAUCGGAAGUGAUGGGAAUGCCUCCAAUUACAACAACGACGUAUGCAAAUGAAUUCAAGAAAGUGAUCGAAGCUGCUGCGAGAGGUCGACAAAUAUUCACUGUGCAGUUGUACAAGCCAGAGGGUACCAGUUUGGGAUUCAGCGUGGUCGGUCUUCGCACUAAGGACAAGGGAGAGCUGGGCAUAUUCUUGCAGGAGAUACAACCGAACGGGAUAGCUGGCUGGUGAGUCAAAUGAAACUGUUUUUAU